AUGAAAUCGACAUCCUCUUCUCUAUCGGGAUCAUCAUCAGCUUCCUUGCAAUCAACAACAAGAGAAGAACAAUUGGAAGAUUUAGAAGAACAUGAAGUUGAUAAAUUGGAUUUUAUUGAUUAUAUUACACAACUCUCCAAAUUGGAAUCCACUCACAAGAUUGUCUACCUAGAUAGAGUUCCCUUCGUGGUGAGUAUGAGAGUUAUUCGGCCAUUUAGGAAUGCCAUCACAAGUGAGGAACACUGUGUGACAACAUCAAAUCAUUGUGCUCUAUUGAAUCAUCCACAAAAACAACAGGCCAAUCAUCCUCACGAUCAUCAAUUACCAAAUCAGACGACCAUUUCAUUAUUGAAUAAUUUUGCUGGAGCUCCGAGUGAACAGUACUAUGCAGGAGGUGAUAUUUCUAAUAGUUGUGUUUUGGCUACUGACGGAGGGAGAGCUAAUAAUGGAGCAGCUUCAGUUGUUGGAAGUUUUACACAAUCACUGGCCAAUGAUGUUCAACAAUUGAAGAAUCUGGAUCGACUCAAUGAUAGAAUUAAGCAACAGGCAUUGAGAUUGUUACUGACCUGUACUAAUGGAGGUGAUGAAUAUUAUGAAGCUGAUUUGGGAUUUGACGAUUUGCAGCAACAUCGUAAAAAGAUUAGUAUGAAUCACAUCUCUUGGGCCAAUUAUUUACAAUACUUGAGAAACGGAUUGUUUAUUUAUAAGAGAGGUGAGAAGAGUGUUGGAAUGGAUGAUCCUUCUGAGAGUGAUAUUGUUCUUCAAUUUGAUGAGGAAAAUAAGGAAUCAAAGGAUGUUCUCCAACUUGUAAUUUAUUCACCACUCAAAUCCAUUCCACAAUCUUCUUCUUCAGAUCAGCAACAAGACAAUUCACAACAUUCCUCUUCCAGUAAUACAGCUGGUAGUAGUGCCCUCCUCAAUAUUCGUCUCAAAUUCCUUUUCGAGUUAUAUGCCAUCAGACACAUUAGUGAUUUCACACAAAAAUUGCAACAAUUACUCUUGGAUUUGGUUUGUCAUGGAAAUGCACUGAGUGAAAUUCGUGCCCUCAAAGAUGCCAAACUCAUCUCAGAUCUGAGGAAUGAGCUCCAAGAGACACGUCAAAAAUUGAGGCAAGCUCAAGAUCGUUUAAUUCUCUAUCAACCUUCAACUACGAGUGGAGCUCACGAUUUGGGAGGACUUGGUGCAGCUGCAGAUGAUGGUAGCUCAUCCAGUGAUCAGGAACGAAAGAAUUCAGCUCCAAAACGAAAGGCACCAAAGAGUUUAUUAAAUCCGAAUCAAAAGAAAAGAGGUCAAGCAAAAGGUGCUAAAAUUCAAUAA